CUGAGUUCUAUCCGUGUCCCCACACAGAACACAGGACAGAGCGAGGCUUUUAGGAUGUUGCGCUCCGCGGGGCUCAGACGAAAUCUUCUGUGAAUGGAAGAAAUGCUUCCAAGCAAACAGCCACUACCAGAACAACUGUGUGACCAGGAGAAAGAGGCCAGAGUGCGAGUUCUCAAACCCUGAAGUCGCAGGAGCCCGAGGGGGACAUUGGAGAGAAGGUAUUUCCAGUCUCUCUAAGUGACAGACCAGCCAAGGACCAGGACUAGAGUUCUGUUCUACAACAGUGAACAGUGAAGGUCUCCAAAGAGAUGGAGUACGACGCUUACAACGACUCCGGCAUCUAUGAUGACGAGUACUCUGAUGGCUUUGACUACUUUGUGGACUUGGAGGAGGCGAGUCUGUGGGAGGCCAAGGUGGCCCCGGUCUUCCUGGUGGUGAUCUACAGCUUGGUGUGCUUCCUCGGUCUCCUAGGCAACGGCCUGGUGAUUGUCAUCGCCACCUUCAAGAUGAAGAAGACCGUGAACACCGUGUGGUUUGUCAACCUGGCUGUGGCCGACUUCCUGUUCAACAUCUUCUUGCCGAUGCACAUCACCUACGCAGCCAUGGACUACCACUGGGUGUUUGGGAAGGCCAUGUGCAAGAUCAGCAACUUCUUGCUCAGCCACAACAUGUACACCAGCGUCUUCCUGCUGACCGUCAUCAGCUUUGACCGCUGCAUCUCCGUGCUGCUCCCUGUCUGGUCCCAGAACCACCGCAGCAUCCGCCUGGCCUACAUGACCUGCGCGGCCGUCUGGGUCCUGGCUUUCUUCUUGAGCUCCCCAUCCCUCGUCUUCCGGGACACUGCCGACAUGCACGGGAAGAUAACCUGCUUCAACAACUUCAGCUUGGCUGCAGCUGAGUCCUCCCUACAUCCCGCCCACUCGCAAGUAGUUUCCACAGGGUACAGCAGACAUGUGGCGGUCACCGUCACCCGCUUCCUUUGCGGCUUCCUGAUCCCCGUCUUCAUCAUCACAGCCUGCUACCUCACCAUCGUCGUCAAGCUGCAGCGCAACCGCCUGGCCAAGAACAAGAAGCCCUUCAAGAUCAUCAUCACCAUCAUCAUCACCUUCUUCCUCUGCUGGUGCCCCUACCACACCCUCUACCUGCUGGAGCUCCACCACACAGCUGUGCCGAGCUCUGUCUUCAGCCUGGGGCUGCCCCUGGCCACGGCCGUCGCCAUCGCCAACAGCUGCAUGAACCCCAUUCUGUACGUCUUCAUGGGCCACGACUUCAGAAAAUUCAAGGUGGCCCUCUUCUCCCGCCUGGCCAACGCCCUGAGUGAGGAUACAGGCCCCUCCUCCUACCCCAGUCACAGGAGCUUCACCAAGAUGUCGUCUUUGAAUGAGAAGGCUUCGGUGAAUGAGAAGGAGACCAGUACCCUCUGAACCUCACCUGGGAAUGUCCCCCAAGGGCGCCAUGGCCCAGGGACGCCUAGGGACUUGUCUCCGGAAGUGGGAGACAUGCCGGGAGUCUUUGGGAAUGCUCCAGUACCCACUGAAUUUUGCACAAGGUGGCUCAUGUUUUAAGUGGGGUUCCCAAGUGUGGACACUCUUCCAGUAAAAUGGCAGGCAAGCAACCUGAGCCUCCACAACAGGAGUAGCGGACCGACUGUGACUGACUCAGAAGAGGGAGCAUCUCUGAAGCCAAGACCUGAGCCGUGACCAACAUACAGGCCAACAUACACGAUUUCACAGUGCGUGCCCUGAACAUGCUGUGCCGUCUCCGGCAUGGGUGAGGAAGUUACCGCAAACUCAUUGCAGACCUGUUAUGGCAACAUGACAGUCAAACCAACAAAGUCCACCACGUCCCCAACAUCCUCCAAGACCUUGACUUUGGAUUUCAGAAGAACGGGGAGGACCAGGACCUGAGGGGCUUCAUGGAACUUUGCAAGGGCAACACAGGGUCCUGUGUGUGUGUGUGUGUGGUGAAGAGGUGGAGACAGAGAGCAGAGAAUCCCAAAGGAUGUGGGUAGAGGAUAUCUCACACCAUCAUGCCAUGGGGAGACAGAGCUAUAGCGGUGGUUGCUUCGGGGUUCCGGUGGUGGCAGCUCUUUGCUUCAGUGUGUAUACUCACUUAGCACUGAACCCUGAGGCUGGGUGGAGGCCUCUUCACAGAAGCCUCCAUCCCAUCCCAUCCCAUCCCAUCCCAUCCCAUCCCAUCCCAUCCCAUCCCAUCCCAGGGUCUCUCCUCCCCUAAUCCCCUCAAUGAUGGCCGGAAGAAAGGCUUAGAAUGUCCGGGAGACUGGUCUAGAAUGGAGUUUUGGGACUCCAUCUUCAGAGUGUCUUCCCAAGGCUGUCUGGUGGCUUGUCUGGGCAGCUGACCAGCUUGAAUCCUCCUUGAAUGCAUUAACAGCCCCGUGGGUAGCCCAGGAUCAGGCUUUCCUCCCCUGGCAGGAAAAUGGCUCACUCAACCCCCCCCCCCCCCCCACUGUUCAUCAGUAGCAAAAGACCAGAGCCCGGCUCCGCCUGGCUUGACAUCAUUCCCUCACGGAGGAGGGGCGGUGUGCACUUCUUUAGCGUGUCCCAUGCAUGUUAAGUAUUUCACACGCACCUUCUCACUUAUUCUUCACAGAAACCUCUAUCUAUGUAUGAGGAAAAGCAGAGGCUCAGAGAGGUUAAGCAACUGGCCCAAGGGGACCCAGUUAGAUGUUGGUAGAGACUGGAUUUGAACUCCAGUGGGCCUGGCUCGAAGGAAGAUGAAGAAUCUGGGGGAACUAAUAGGUUGGGGUUUUAGCCAUAAAUGCUGUUUUGUUUUGUUUUUUCCAUGUAAACAUCUUAAUGGUC